CCCCAAGACCCAUCUUAGAAAAACCAGUCUUCUCCUCCCUAUGAAUAGAAGCUUUUGUGUUUAAAUACCCUGGUGAGGGUCUCUUUCCCCAAAAAUCUGCAUAGAAAUAGGGGACUAAUGGCCCCUCUUUCCUCAUUAUCAAUAGGAAAACCAGGCAUAGACUUGGAUGAUUCAUCAUUUUAAAUAUGGAGGUUUUUAAAAAUAUUUAUAACCUGGAAUAGAUAUCUAUUCAUUUAAUGAACAUUUUGAACCUCUCUUCUAUGUAUGAUUCAGAAGUGCUAAUAUAGCUAAGAGUGUGUGUGCAUGGAUGUAAAUACAUGUAUAUUAUAUUUAAAAUAUAUAUGUUGCAUAUAACUCCUCUGUGUGUAACAGAUAAUGUUUUACUAUCCGACCGAGGUUUACUUCUCCAGCCUAUUGUUUCAGACAACACAUAUAAGUUGCGAUGGGAGAGGAGCGCCGGAUUUGGUGUCUAUCCCCCAUUUCCAAUUAUAGAUGGAUCAUUUCAGACAGAGAAGUACUGAGAAUCCAGACAUCUGCUCUUCACAUGAAUGCACUCACCUCCUAGAGAACAGGCUGCCAUCAUGCUCUGGAAACUGGUUGAAAAUGUCAAGUACGAAGAUAUCUAUGAGAUGUUAGUCCACACCUAUUCAGCCAUGGACCGGCAUGAUGGAGUCCCUAGCCACAGUUCUAGGCUGUCCCAGCUGGGUUCAGUGUCCCAGGGACCCUAUUCAAGCGCCCCUCCGUUGUCUCACACUCCGUCCUCGGAUUUCCAGCCGCCCUAUUUCCCACCCCCCUACCAGCCGCUUCCCUAUCAUCAGAGCCAGGACCCUUAUUCCCACGUUAAUGACCCCUACUCCCUGAAUCCCUUGCACCAACCCCAGCAACAUCCUUGGGGGCAGAGGCAGAGGCAAGAAGUGGGGUCAGAAGCCGGCUCUCUCCUGCCACAGCCUCGGGCCGCCUUGCCUCAGCUCUCGGGACUGGACCCUAGGAGGGACUACCAUUCAGUCAGGCGGCCUGAUGUGCUGUUACACUCGGCCCACCAUGGACUGGACUCCGGCAUGGGGGACAGUCUCUCCUUGCAUGGCAUCGGACACCCAGGAAUGGAAGACGUUCAGUCAGUUGAAGAUGCCAAUAACAGCGGCAUGAAUCUAUUGGACCAGUCUGUCAUUAAAAAAGUUCCAGUUCCUCCCAAAUCUGUGACUUCUCUAAUGAUGAAUAAAGAUGGUUUCCUGGGAGGGAUGUCGGUUAAUACAGGAGAGGUGUUUUGUUCUGUUCCUGGUCGUUUGUCUCUGCUCAGUUCAACCUCAAAGUAUAAAGUGACGGUAGGGGAAGUUCAAAGACGACUCUCCCCUCCAGAAUGCUUAAACGCUUCUCUUCUCGGCGGAGUCCUGCGAAGAGCCAAAUCGAAAAAUGGGGGGAGAUCUUUGCGAGAAAGGCUAGAAAAAAUCGGUUUGAAUUUACCCGCGGGCAGGCGCAAAGCCGCAAAUGUCACUUUACUCACCUCCCUGGUGGAAGGAGAAGCUGUUCAUUUAGCUCGGGAUUUUGGGUACAUUUGCGAAACUGAAUUUCCCGCCAAAGCUGUUUCGGAAUAUCUAAACCGGCAGCACACCGAUCCAAGUGAUCUGCACUCCCGAAAGAAUAUGCUCCUGGCUACAAAGCAACUGUGUAAAGAAUUUACAGACCUGCUCGCCCAGGAUAGGACACCUAUUGGAAACAGUAGGCCCAGCCCCAUUUUGGAACCCGGGAUUCAGAGCUGCUUGACCCAUUUCAGCCUCAUCACCCAUGGUUUUGGGGCUCCAGCUAUCUGCGCUGCCCUCACAGCACUGCAGAACUACCUGACAGAGGCUCUCAAAGGCAUGGACAAGAUGUUUUUGAACAACAGCACCACUAACAGGCACACAUCUGGGGAAGGACCAGGUAGUAAAACUGGAGACAAGGAGGAAAAACACAGAAAAUGAAUUU